AUGGAUCGAAUUCUGCCAAUGGGCGGCUUUCAGCUGCCCUUUCAGCGGCGCUUGAGCCGUCUUUACAAUGACACCAAGAAAUCCAGCGACUUUGUCAAGGAGCCUGCCCAGCAUGAGGAUGACCCCGAGAUCAAGGCCCUCUAUCGCAAAUUGCGCAUCCAAAAGGACCGCUUUGUCAGCUGGGGACUGGAGUGGUCAGAUCCCAACCAGUCUGCCGAAAUCGACGAGUCUCUCUCCAAGGCCGGCCUGAGUGAGGUCGUUGGCAGUAUCAUGUCCACUAUCAAAGACAUUCUUGCUGAGGCUGAACCCCUAUGGUUAAGCUAUAAGCGUGUUGUUGAGGGUGUUAGACCAUCGCCAGAUCGAAAAGCACCGUUAGUCCAAUGGGACAAGGGCCGGUUUGAAGAUCUCAUCCGGGAUCUCACUGCCUCCAUCGAUACUCUCUACGACUUGUCACGAAUGCGUUCAUCUGAGGCCUUGAAUCCGCAAGUGACCAAGUCGACUUACAAGUCGGCCGCCGCUGAGGGUGACUUUAGACCAUUCGAGUCAACACGGAUGCAGACUCCUCAGCAAAUCGACCCCAGGAGCUUGACGCACCUGCAACCUAUGCAAGAUGGACUUAGCACAAUAUCCGAGUCUUGUCGAAACGUUGUCUACAUGAGCAAGACGGCCUAUUCCGAGCUUACGACCCAGGGUGCUACUCGACAACCUUGGGCUCCUCUUCUACUUGAGUAUGCCAACUUUGAUCCCAUCUAUUCAACUACGGGUAUCAUGCCCCCGAUGGCCCGCUUCGAGAAACUCUCGGCCGGUCUUCAGCAAGAUCCUCAGAGAGCGCCUGGCUCUUGGACUGGUCUGCCUCGUCUGCUCGGCUACUUUGAAGACCUGGAAAAUUCUCGACUGGGCUUGGUAUACCUCUUUCCUCCUUCGUUCAACACUCUCGCCUCCAAUAAAGUGAGCCAAAACCCUCAGUAUAGCUUGCCUACUCUGAGCGAUCUCCUUGCCCGUGGCGGCUCGGAGCCUCCCUUGGAGGCGAAGUUUCGAUUUGCAUACAACCUUACAAAUACGGUGUUUGACCUGCACGCUAGAGGAAUCACUCAUGGCAACCUCUCUGAUGUCAACAUUUCAUUCAGCAGAGCUACUGCGGCAGGCCCUGGCGAUGAGAAGGGCCUUGUUGAUAUACGCCGUCCUGUGUUAUCAUCAUUUGACGUCUUCACUGAAGAGCUUUCGCCCGAAACCAAGAUAUGGCGGCAUCCUCUUGACCCGCGGGCUGCACAGGUAUCGCCUCUUCCACAAUCCACUGACGAGAGAGUCUUGGAAGUCUACUCCCUGGCGAUGAUCUUGCUAUCCAUUGGAUUGUGGACGAAGCUAGAAGAUCUCGCGCCUAGGGCAGCGCCCGCGACUGUCCCUGAAUCUGCUCUAGAGACGCUGGCCAUUAGAUGUGGUACGUUGUACAUGAAGGCCGUCCAAGCCUGCUGGAAGGUUGUCGACGAAGAGCUCUCUGGCGUGGCCAAAGGCGAGUCACUGCUUUCGGCCGUUCAAAUGCGUGUCACUCGAUUCUUGGAAGCCUGCUGUAUUUUAGAUGGCGUCAGUGGAUUCGAGGAAAGGUUGGGCCAGGAAUCAUCUCCUGUCGAAGCUCCCACUUUGGCCACGGCUGGGCCUUCGAAAGACACCAAAGAUCAAAAGACAAUGGUUGUACCUGUGCCCCUUACCAAGAAGGCACCUCUACCGCCAACGCCAACACCAACUUACCUCAAAGAGCAAAAGGUUGAGACAAAUGAACCUGAGAUCAAAGAAAGCAAGCCCGAAACCAAAGUCCGAUUAUACCCUCAUGUACCCCUGCCUCCUGAUGUGGUGGAGAAAUGGAACUCCAUUCUCAUGCCUCAGAUCAACACUGCUCUCAAGACCUUCUAUCGCAAACACCCAGAGUCGGUCGAAAUAUCUCUUGAGUCUGUGGGCCCAAGCCCUCACCAGACUAGACCUACGGUUUUGGUCGUCUGCACAUCUGUUGGCAAAGUCCGUGCCAUCUUAAACAAGAAGCUGAGCGAGCUCUUUGACGACUCUACAGGGUUUGGCCUCAAGGUUUGCCGCGGCAGCGUCAUUCGAUCACGGAGACAGGCGGGCGCAGUCAUGAGAUCCAUGGCACGGGGAAGCAGGUCUGGUGGAAAUCACGAUAGCGAUGAUGACCAUGUCGAAGCUGUGAACCCCGAGUACCAAGAGAGGCCAAACAAUGGCGCAAGCAUCGGAGCUUGGAUUGGAGAUCGUCACUUGCCACCUGUGAGCUUUGGCGGCCUCGUCAUUGUCGAUGAUAAGACCUAUGGAAUGACUGUUCAUCACAUGCUUGAUGAUCCGGAUCGAGAUUUUGGUCCUCCUGACACAUUGCGCAGCAGCGCCAUUCCCGGCCGAGAGUGGCUCCCUGAGUCGACUUUUGGAAGCUUUGACAGCGAGGACUUUUCCUACGAAUUGUCCGACACAGAAUCAGAGCCAUAUUCCGAGACGGACCUCACCAGCGACUAUGAUGAUGAGGAAGACGAGGAAGAUGAAGAGUACAAUGAGCCUGGUGACAUUCCCGGCAUUGAGCCAGGAUGUGGCGAUGGCUACAUUGUCACUCAGCCUGCUCUAGAUGACGUCGAGGAAGGAUUUUAUCCUUACGCUGAAACCGAGGACGAAGACCAUCUCGAUACAUAUAGCUUGGGCGAAGUAUACGCUUCGAGUGGCAUUCGCCGCAAGCAGGCUAAUGGCUUGGUCCACGAGGUUGACUGGGCCCUCUUUGAGUUUUCGGAUGGGCGCCUGCCAGACGACAAUUAUAUUCCCAAGAUUUCGGACGAUACAACCCAAAGAUCCCGCAGUCUGGGUAAGAGAAAUACCAAGAAUCAGCCAAUGAUCCGACCGACGACCGUGGCGCCAUGGUCGUCUCUUCCAGGUCUCGAGGUUCAGUGUGUCGCACGAACGAGUGGCACGCAAACUGGACAGAUUCUACCAGCCUUGACUAGUGUCAAGAUUUACGGACCGUCAGGCCCUUCUGCAAAGCCGUCCAUUCCUCUGGGUAUUCCAGGAGACAGUGGCGCCUGGAUUGUCGAUCGACAUCAAGGACAGCUCUGUGGACACGUACUUGCCUGGAGCCCGCCAACAGAGGUGCGACUACCAGGUGGUGAACCCGUGGUGAUGCUCCAUGAUCCCGAGGAGCUUGACAACACGCGACGAUUGGCAGAGGACGAUGAUGACGCUCUAGAAGAAGAAAACGAAGAAGAGGAAGAGGAGGAGGAAUAUGACAUGCCUCCAGCCCUUGUAGGCCAGCCAUCGAGCCCAAAGAGAAUCGCGACACCGGUUACCUCGUCGAGUCCGAUUAUCCUGGAGGUUGCUGAGCUGCCGGGGAUUACAAGGCAGAUGGACGGUAUGAAGAUUGGUAAUCGAAGGGUUGAUUGCAACGUCUAG